CUCAGAAUGGGAUUCAACCUGAACGCUGUCACUCAACCUAAUGGUAUCAUCCAGCUACUUGAAGUUCUCUUUGGCUGUGUGACUUUCUCCAUAGUCGCCGCUAAGUAUCCAUUUGGUUUUAACAGUAAUUGGCUAGUGUGGUGCAUGUUUGUCUGGUGUUUCUGUUUUGCAGCCACCAUUAUCUUUCUGAGUUUGGAAAUCUCCGGCUUGCAUUCCAAGAUUCCCAAGUGGGAGCAGAUUGUAUUCUUCUACGUCGUCGCAGCGUGUCUUUCAUACCUCACCACAGCGGUGAUAUUCCCGGUGUAUAGAUUUCAGAAAGGGGGAUGCAGCAUUCAUUUUGAGAGCUGCCAAUAUCAUGCAGCUGCAAGUGCAUUUGCCUGCUUGACUUUCAUCCUGUACGCAGUGCAAAGCUUUCUAUUGAAGGGCACUGGCAAAGUGUCUGGCUACGUGACAACUCCACCAGGGAUCCUCAAGAUUCUUCAGGCUUUCGUGGCUUGUGUCAUCUUCGGGAUUGUGGACCAAGGAAGACUUUAUAAGUAUAACGAAGCCACCCAGUGGAGCAUAUUUGUCUUUUCCUUCUGUUUCAUUGUGACAGUCGUCAUCCUGAUUCUAGAAUCAACUGGAUUGUCAUCAAAAAUGGGCCCUGUGCCCUUCCCAACACUAACAAUGGCCUAUUCCGUCCUGGCCGUAGUUCUGUACCUCACAGCCACUGUGCUGUGGCCAGUUUGCUGA